AUUAGACUUAUUUUCAUCUAAGCAUCAUGAUUAUCAUUUCAUUCUAAUCUUGUUGUUUCAGUGGGUUUUCUAUUGGGUACGUGAUAGACAACUCGCAAUGUAUAGUAACACCGUUAGUAUUAAACUGUGUCCAAGUUAGUACAUAAACACGUUUACAUGAAUUUAAAAUUAAAUAUUUUUGAUAGUAGCCAAGGUGAAGGUUAUAAAUUAGAAGAAAACCUUCAUCAGAUAGUUAUUAAAUCUAAUCUGACUCUAGAUUUUAGUCAGGUGGUUAUUUAAUUGAUUAAUAUCAGCCUCUAGGUUCAGUGGCCAGACUCAAAUAUUUUCAAACACAAUUUUUAUAACAAUAUGACAUAAUUUGGAGAAUCAGUGAAAACCAGGGAAUAUUUGAUAGAUGUUUCAUACUAGUUUGUAGUUGCUUAACGAUGCACAGUCAGGGUCACAAAUAUGAUUAUAUCCAGGACUUAGAAGUUUAACAAUAAUUGUGAUACUUUCAGACCAAUCGAUAAGAAGUCAAAAAUCUAAAUUCUCUCGUUCAGCCAGUCUCCCGUUGGUUACGUCUAUAUGUCACACUGUUCUGUUGAAAAUUCAGUUAUUUAUAUCUGAGUCACUGGUGAACACAUGGUUAUAUAGAUGGAUGAUUUGAUUUUCUACAUAUCUUCUGGUUUCCAAUGAUUCUCCGGUUUAAGAUACCUCGUUUUGAAAACUAUUAUCAGACUAUACAAAUAUCCGCAAACCAUCUUACAUAGAGAAUGAUUUUGUCUGAUACGCAAACUCUGAUACAAAUAUCACAUUGUUAGGCAAUGAAAGUUUGUUCACAUAGCAUUGAUUUCAUUGUAUAUACAAGUAACUAAAUGGGUAGUUAUGUGUACAGUUAAGACAUUACUACUCAAACAUUAUUUUUUAAGCUUAUAUAUUUCUUCAUUGGCAACCACUGGUUAGCUGUAUUUUCAUUGUGUAGUUUCCACUCUGCUAACUAAAUAAAUGGUGGUGCUUUAUUCGCUAAACGUUGACUUAUACUUUUAAUAUAUGUUAAAUAUUUUUUAAAAAUAAAGUCUCAAUCCGUUGACCUGCAUACUUUCAAUUUUAAAGCUAUUUUCAAGAUUGAUUGUUAGUCACUUAUCUUCGUAGUCCCUUAAUUGAACAAGGAUUCAAAUAAAGAAAACAAGUAGUGUCUGAGGUAACAAGUUUUCUAAUGUUCUUAAACUGUUAUCGAAUAAAUGACUAUACGGUAUGACACUCAAUAUUUCAGUUUUCAUGAUUAGUCUCAGCUAUCAUGAAGAAACACUACCUGAACAUUAUGAGGUCUAUGAACGUUAAUGCUAUUAGUUAGAUACCGAUAUUAUUGCUGGUUCUAAUUCUUGUUUGUUUAUUUAUUUAAAGAGAUAAUUGUUUCUUUCCCAAUUAUGAUAUAUAGUUACGUCACUUAUUUUUUUAGCGUAUAAACUUUGGAAUUAUAGGACAGCCGAAUCACACAGUUAUAACCACCGUGUCUAAUUACCUAUAUAUUUACAAAUGAAAAUGAAUUAAACACUUAUAUAGGACUGCAUGAAUAAUAUAUUUCCUAACAAAUAAAAGUACCAUUAAAGAGUUCUACUUAGGUAAAACUAAAGUGUUGGUCAUUUUGUGAAUAUCUAUACAAAGUUGAGUAACAGAGGUAAUAACCAUAUAUACAGAUAGAUAGUUUUUGAAAAAUCGAUACUUCAGUCAGAAAUAAAAUGACACUUUUAUCGAAUAGUUUGUGAAUUUCGAACUUGAUAAAAACUUUAGAUAUUGAACUGAUGCACUGUGAUAUUGACUUCUACGUACUUUUCACUUCUCAGGCACAUAGUUGUAUGUGGAUCAAUAAACUACCAUACACUUUCAAUAUUUUUUGAUGAAUAUGUGAAUGCCGAUCAAGGCCAUUAUGAUGAAAACAUGAUGAUUGUCAUCCUGUCAGAGAUCGAUCCUGAUAUUAGUCUAACGGCGUUACUUCAGAGAGAAAGCACUACAAUGAAAUUUUUGAAAGGAUCUGUGACAUUACCAGAAGAUUUGGAAAGAGCUAAAGUGAGAACUGCUGAGGCUGUGAUUAUUCUUUCUGAUAAAUGUAGUCAAACCCCUGUUGAAGAUGACUGGAAAAAUUUAAUGUGUGUUGUUUCCAUAAAAAAUCUGUAUCCAAAUAUUCGAAUAAUUUGUGAACUUAUGUUAAUUGAAAGUAAGGUAUGGAUGUCAAAUAUACCUGGGUGGAAAGAACAUGAAAGUGACCAAUUUGAUCGAGCUGUUUGUUUAACACAGAUGAAACUUGGCUUACUAGCAUUGAAUUGUGUUUCAAACGGGAUAUCAACUCUGUUAUGUAAUUUUAUAAUGCGUGAUUCAGUACCAACAGCUGCAGUUAGGAAAACUUUACCUCGUUGGAUAAAUGAAUAUUUUCAAGGUACAAAAUAUAAAUUAUAUACAGUAAAAUUAUCUCAUGCUUUCGAUGGGAUGGUGUUUCAACAAUUAGUUGGCUUUGCCAUGGAAUUUUGGGGUUUACUUUUGUUAGCUGUACAAGUUUAUACCAAUAAUGAUAAAAAAACUCAAAUGAUUAUCAAUCCAGGUGUACGUGUACGAAUUAAUACCCAUCGAAUGCGUGCAGUUGUUUUGGCUAAAAAUUUAAUCGAAGCACAACGCCUGAGGACUUUCUCAAUUGAUGGUCAAAUAAUGUUUGAUAAUUAUGGCCAAUUAAUAUUUUCGUCACUUAGUCGAAAUCAGGAUAAUAUAUGCGAGCAGUCAAACACACUAUCCCCAAUUGCAAAUAGUUUUGUUAAAACAAUUCAAAUGUGUUUUAGAUUUUUUCGACAAUCAAUUGUAACUUACUGUAAUAUGAGGAAAGCCAAAGUAUUAAAAAAAGUCCCUACAUGUGCAAGUAGUUUUUCGAUGAAUUCUUAUUAUCGUUAUCCAUAUCCAGAGAGUACAAUAACUGAUUUAGCGCAAUUACAAAGACUGAAUGUAAUCGAUUUACAAUGUGAUAGUACCGGUUUAUUUUAUUGGGUAACUGAGAGAAAAUUUUCAAAUAUAUGUUUGACGAUGAAAGAAAUGAUUCGCUGUCAGUUUGAAAAUCAUAUCAUUGUAUGCAUCAUGAAACAACCUAAAGAAAUAAAAUCAGGUUUAGCUAGUUUUGUACUUCCACUCAGAUCUACUUCGAUACCGGUCGAAGAAUUGAAACCAAUAAUUAUUUUGUGUGAAGCUAAAGUUAUUGAAAAUGAAUGGCGAUCUUUGAAAAAUCUCCCAAAUAUCUAUGUCUUUUCAGGAUCACCAUUAAACAGAGCAAAUCUUCAAGCUGCUGGUGUUGAAAGAUGUUCAACUUGUGUUGUACUCUCAUGUUCAUUUGAUAUUUCUGGAAAGCCUUCAUUAAUGAUAGAUAAAGAAAGUAUCCUAUGUACUUUGAAUAUUCGUCAGUUGUUAGCUGAUGCACAUAAAACAAAUAUUUUAAAUAUGACUGAACACAAUCAUCCUAUGCUUGUAACUGAGCUUUAUGAUGUAACCAAUGCAAGCCUUCUAUCAACUAAAUCAAAAUAUGGAAGUACUUACUUCAAUCCAUUAAUUGCCUCAGGAAAUAUUUUCGAAUCUAAUGUCUUGCAUAGUCUUUCAUCAAAUGUACUAUUCGAUCCAACUGUAAUAACAUUUAUUGAGACAAUUUUAGGCGGUGGACCAGGUCAUGAAGUAGAAAAGGUAUUUGCUAUAGAUAGUGGUUUCUUUCCAGGCUUAAAAGGACAACCAGUCAGUACUUUGACAUUUCCAGGUUAUCUAACUGGUAAUAUACCAAGUCAAGUUGAUGAUAAAAACGAAAGUAAUCGGCUAUAUUCCAGUGAAGUACAAAAUACUUUGUCAACUAAUGGUUCUGUCUCUGAUUUUCUGAAUAAUGAACACAAUAAAUCAUUUUUAAAGAAGAACAGUUUAAGCGGAAAUAUAUCCCAGUUUGAUGGACAAACAAGAUCACGUCAAUCAAGUGACUGCUAUGUAGAAGGUAAUAAGAAUGUAAUUUAUGAUAUAUUUAAUGAUGCAGAACUUUUGAAAGAGAAGACAGAUUCUAACUAUAUAACAGCAGAUAAUGAACAAAUAAAUGUAAAAAGUUUUUUAAGCUAUAAAACUGAAACAGGUGAAGCGAUUGCUGUUCGGCUAUCCCAACUUCGUUUAAUACCCCUUAUGGAAUUGGAUAAAGAACUUCAUCAUCUAGCUUCGCAGAAAAUUCUGACUUUCAGUCAGUUAUUUCAUGCUGAGUUGGCAAGUACCGGAACAAUAUCAAUCGGCCUUUAUCGAAGUGUUGAAGCUAGCAAUAAUAUAGAUGAAUGCUUGUCAUGUAAAAACAUAUACCUUGAAGCUAGUGGAAAAAUCGAAAGAUUUGUUUACACAUUACCAGAACCUACAACUCCAAUAUACCCAAAUGAUAUGGUUUACUGCCUUACAGCGAUGACUGAAAACCCAAUGGUGGGGUAGAGGAGAAAAAUAUGCAAUGAAAUCAUUCAUUUUUUAUCCGCUUUUACUGAGAUCAGUUGUCACGUUUGUUUCGAUGACAGUUACCCUUGUUGAUUGCUUAUAGUCAUUUUUGUGAUUGAAGAGGAAAAAUACAGGUAUAACAAACUGUAA